AUGAAGAGUGUAGCUAUUACAUUGAAAGCCUUGAAUAUAUCUAUCAGUUCUACUGAAAAAGUCAAACUUGAAAUUGAGAAGAUCAAGUUGAAUAUUGAAAGAACUAAAUUGAAGAUCAAAAAGAAGAAAAUCAUUAUAAAGAAGAAGAAAAUUAUCAUUGAAAAGAUAAAAUUGAAUAUUGAAAACAUGAAGCUUGCUAUUCAGUGA